AAGGAUUCGAGUGUUGAUAGCGGUGAUCAUGUUCGCCGCUGUAAAGUUUACGCAGAAACCCCAAAUAUGGUGUGUAAUCAACGAUGGAUGUUAGCGGAAGCAACUUCCUUGGCGGAAUCGAUUGGGAAAUUUCUUGGCCUGCAUUCUUCUUGGGAUUCUCGAUCGGUGCUGUUAUAUUUACUUUAGCCUUUUCGCUAAUCUUUCUAUACUAUCGACAUAUCAUGAACAAAACAGGA